ACCCAAUCCCACUGCUACGAGCUCCAAAAACUAGCAGCAGGUGGCGGCGUCGCUUAUCCCACUCUGCUUAAACCACCGCCAAAUGACCUAAACGCCCCUAACCCGAACUCAAAAUGGCAACGAGUCCAUUAGUAUAAAAAAAGGAGCUCGUGUAUGGCAAUUCAAUCAUUAGUUCCGCCGUUUCUCUCUCCUCCCCUACUCAUUAUCCCCAAAAGGCUACUGCUGCGAAUCAGUAGAAACCGUGGGCAUAGGAAAUUCCGCGAGAGUUGGAUGAGGGCAAUGCCUAGUUCGUCAUCCGUUGUUGAAGAUAAUGGUGCUUUGCGCAAUUGCAGGCUGAACCAAUCCACCUUCUUAGCUUCUCUCAUGCCGAAGAAAGAGAUUGGGGCGGAUCGGUUCCUCGAAGCCCACCCCGAGUUCGAUGGCCGUGGUGUCGUGAUUGCUAUAUUCGAUUCUGGUGUGGACCCUGCUGCUACUGGAUUGCGAGAAACCUCCGAUGGAAAGCCCAAAAUCCUAGAUGUGCUUGAUUGCACUGGGAGUGGAGAUAUUGAUACUUCAAAUGUGGUGAUGGCUGAUGCAGACGGUUCUAUCCGUGGAGCUUCAGGGGCAUCUCUAAUUGUGAAUUCAUCAUGGAAAAACCCUUCUGGGAAAUGGCAUGUGGGGUGUAAGUUGGUGUACGAGCUUUUUACUGACACGUUGACUUCUCGUUUGAAGAAAGAAAGAAAGAAAAAGUGGGAUGAGAAACACCAGGCAGCAAUAGCUGAAGCUGUAAAGCUGCUUGAUGAAUUUGACAAGAAACAUGUGAGAGUAGAAGAUGCUAAUCUGAAAAGGGUUCGUGAAGACCUCCAAAACAGAGUUGAUUUUCUGAGAAAGCAAGCUGAUAGCUACGAUGACAAGGGGCCUAUUGUAGAUGCUGUUGUAUGGCAUGAUGGAGAACUAUGGAGAGUUGCUCUUGACACACAAAGUCUCGAGGAUGAUCAAGACAAGGGAAAACUUGCUAACUUUGUACCCCUUACUAAUUACAGGAUUGAACGAAAAUUUGGUGUUUUCAGCAGUCUUGAUGCUUGCUCGUUCGUUGCUAAUGUUUACGAUGAAGGGAGUAUUUUAAGUAUUGUAACAGAUAGCUCACCACAUGGCACUCACGUCGCUGGUAUUGCUAGUGCUUUCCACCCGAAGGAACCUCUGCUGAAUGGAGUGGCACCUGGAGCACAGUUAAUUUCAUGUAAAAUUGGAGACUCGCGCUUAGGCUCAAUGGAAACAGGAACAGGCUUGACACGUGCGUUGAUAGCUGCUGUGGAGCACAAAUGUGACCUCAUCAACAUGAGUUAUGGUGAACCUACAUUACUGCCAGACUAUGGACGUUUUGUUGACCUUGUUGAUGAAGUUGUGAACAAGCACCGUGUAAUAUUCGUCAGUAGUGCUGGCAACAGUGGCCCAGCAUUGAGCACUGUGGGUGCACCUGGUGGCACCACUUCGAGCAUAAUAGGAGUUGGUGCAUAUGUCUCUCCUGCUAUGGCUGCUGGAGCACACUGUGUAGUUGAACCUCCUGAAGAAGGGCUUGAAUACACCUGGUCUAGCCGAGGGCCAACUGUUGAUGGGGAUCUAGGGGUCUGUAUAAGUGCUCCUGGUGGGGCAGUGGCUCCUGUCCCUACAUGGACGCUUCAACGACGCAUGCUUAUGAAUGGAACUUCAAUGGCAUCUCCCUCUGCUUGUGGGGGAAUUGCUUUGCUUGUUAGUGCCAUGAAGGCUGAGGGAAUUCCUGUGAGUCCAUAUAUGGUUAGGGAGGCUCUUGAGAAUUCAUCUAUUCCUGUUGGUAGUUUACUGGAAGAUAAACUAUCCACUGGGCAGGGGCUUAUGCAAGUUGACAAGGCUCACGAGUAUGUCCAAAAACUGCAUAAUGUCCCAUGUGUUAGAUAUCAAAUAAAGAUCAAUCAAGCUGGUAAAUCAGCACCUACAUCACGAGGCAUCUACCUGCGAGAAGCUAGUGGUUGCCAACAAUCCACGGAGUGGACAGUGCAAGUUGAACCAAAAUUCCAUGAAGAUGCAUGCAAUUUGGAGCAAUUGGUUCCUUUUGAAGAGUGUAUCGAGUUACAUUCUUGUGGAAAGGCAUUUGUGAGAGCUCCCGAGUAUCUUCUUCUCACUCACAAUGGGCGCAGCUUCAACAUAGUUGUGGAUCCUACCAAUCUUAGUGAUGGUUUACACUAUUGUGAACUGUAUGGGAUAGAUUGCAAAGCCCCAUGGCGUGGUCCCCUAUUUAGAAUCCCAGUUACCAUAACAAAGGCGAUGGCUGUAAAAAAUCGACCGGCACUAGUUUCAUUGGCAGGGAUGUCAUUCCUACCAGGCCAUAUUGAGAGGAAAUUCAUUGAGGUACCAAUGGGUGCUUCUUGGGUUGAGGCUUCAAUGCGGACGUCAGGGUUUGACACUGCUAGAAGAUUUUACAUUGACACUGUUCAGAUCAGUCCGUUGCAAAGGCCUAUGAAGUGGGAAGGUGCUAUUAUAUUCUCGUCUCCUUCUGCCAAAACCUUUUCUUUUCAAGUGGAGGGUGGUCGUACGAUGGAACUAGCAAUUGCUCAGUUUUGGUCCAGUGGCAUUGGAAGUCAAGAAACCACUGUCGUAGAUUUUGAGAUUGCAUUUCAUGGGAUUGACAUCAAUAAAGACGAUGUGUUACUUGAUGGAAGUGAAGCACCUGUCAGAAUUGAUGCCAAAGCUCUUCUUUGCUCUGAGAAGCUUGCUCCGGCUGCUAUUCUGAACAAGAUAAGAGCCCCAUAUCGACCUAUUGAUUCUAAACUGAGUACCCUUUCAAAAGACCGUGACAAGCUACCCUCAGGCAAACAGACUCUAGCAUUGACACUAACUUACAAGUUCAAAUUGGAUGAUGGAGCUGAAGUAAAGCCUCAAAUCCCCUUGCUUAACAAUCGCAUCUAUGAUAACAAGUUUGAAUCUCAGUUUUAUAUGAUUUAUGAUUCGAACAAGCGUGUAUAUGCCAUGGGUGAUGUCUACCCAAAAUCUGCAAAACUUCCUAAGGGUGAAUACAGUUUACAGCUUUACCUGAGGCAUGACAAUGUGCAGUACUUGGAAAAGAUGAAGCAGCUGCUGCUGUUCAUUGAAAGAAAAUUGGAGGACAAGGAAGUCAUUCGCCUGAGCUUUUAUUCUCAACCAGAUGGCCCAGUGAUGGGUAAUGGUAGCUUUAAAUCCUCUGUUUUAGUGCCUGGAGUGAAAGAGGCAUUUUAUGUGGGGCCACCAACCAAAGACAAGCUCCCGAAGAACUGUCCUGAAGGAUCUGUGUUGCUUGGAGCAAUCUCGUAUGGAAAGGUUUCAUCUAUUGGUCAGGAGGAGAAGAACAAUCCAGAAAAGAACCCAGUAUCGUAUCGGAUAUCUUAUUUAGUGCCACCAAAUAAGCUUGAUGAGGACAAGAGAAAUGGUUCUUCCACAGCUUGCACAAAAAGUGUUUCUGAACGUAUAGAAGAAAAGGUACGAGGUGCCAAGAUAAAGGUUCUUGGAAGCCUUAAACAAGGCACUGAUGAAGAACGCUCAGAAUGGGAAAAGUUAUCCACCUCUCUGAAGUCUGAAUAUCCAAAAUACACUCCCUUGCUUGCUAAAAUACUGGAAGGUCUGCUAUCACAGAACAAGGUUGAAGACAAGAUUCGCCAUUAUGAAGAGAUUAUAGAUGCAGCAGAUGAGGUGGUUGAUAGCGUUGACAAAGAUGAAUUAGCCAAGUACUUUUCUGUCAAAAGUGAUCCAGAAGAUGAAGGGGGUGAGCAAUUGAAGAAGAAGAUGGAGACAACACGAGACCAAUUUGCAGAAGCUCUUUACCAAAAAGGAUUAGCUAUUGCAGAGAUUGAACUUUUGAAGGGUGAUAAGGCUUCAUCAGCCUUAGCUCCAACUGAAGGUGAAAAUAUUGUGGAUAGGACUGAUGAUCAAUCUGUUCCAGAUGCUAAAACCCAGCCAGAUUUGUUUGAAGAGAACUUUAAAGAACUAAAGAAAUGGGUUGAUAUCAAAUCCAAGUAUGGCACUCUCCUGGUUAUUCGUGAGCAACGUUGUGGAAGGCUUGGAACCGCGCUUAAGGUGUUAAACGACAUGAUUCAAGAGGAUGGUGAGCCUCCAAAGAAGAAGCUGCAUGAAUUAAAGCUAUCCUUGCUUGAUCAGAUCGGAUGGGACCAUUUGGUGUCAUAUGAGCGACGAUGGAUGCAUGUCCGUUUCCCACCAAGUCUGCCACUUUUUUGAGGUUGUGCUUUAUGUUACAAGGUGUUGAACAAAUAUGCAGUUCAUUGAACAUCUAGGUUAGGUUUGAAAAUCUUCCUUUUGUGGAUUGACUUCUCUAUGGAUAUUUACCGGAAACAACUAGAUAGAUCUCAGUAAAACAAAUGAAGGAAAUUAGAUUAUGUAUGUAAAAUGGUCCCAUUUUAAACAUUUCUGGUGCUUAAUAAACAUUUUUAUUUUCAUCA